AUGGUCGGGAAAUACGCAGUAACUGAGCAACUGGGAAAAGGAGCCACUUGUAUUGUUUAUGGGGGAUACAAUCGAAAGACAAAAGAGCCAGUGGCAAUUAAAGCCGUAAAUUCAAAUAACAAAAGACAUCUGCACUUGGCAGCCAAUGAAAUACGUGUGUUACAACGCAUUCAGCACCCGAAUAUCAUUAGGAUGAUUGAAACGGUUGAAACCAAAACACAAACAUUGAUUAUUUUGGAAAAGUGCAAAUUUUCACUAUCUACAAUUGCCCGAUCGGGUAAUUUAUCUUAUAAGGUAAUUAUUCGGUUAUUUCGUGAUAUUUUAGUGGCAUUACGUUAUCUACAUGGCCAAGGCGUCAUUCAUCGUGACGUCAAAUUGGGUAAUGUUAUGAUUAGCGAGCAGAAUGAGUUAAAAUUGAUUGAUUUUGGUCUCUCUAAAGAUACUUUGUUUAGUGCGCCUUUGACUUUCUGUGGGACACCAGAGUUUAUUAGUCCAGAAGUUUUAGAGCGUAAGCCGUACACUAAAAAAACAGAUAUAUACAGUGCCGGAAUGCUUAUCUACUUUUUGGUUUUUAAAUGUGAUUAUAGUCAAGUUAAGAUUGAAAAUGCCAAACACUCGGCCCAAUACGGAGGAGUAGUUUGUUUAUUAGAAAGAAUGCUGGAAAGAGAUCCAGAUAGGAGAAUCACGGCUGAGGAGGCUUUAGCUGAUAAGAUCUUUCAUUCAUUUAUUCCUAAGAUUAUUGGGGUAGAAGGUAUUAAGCCAUUUCAGAUGCCAACUAAGCUGGGAACGAUUGAGUGUCUAGAGAAUGGAGUGCGGAUGUCAAAUAAUGACUCAGUCUUUACUAUUCGACCGGGAAUGAAUGGGAUCUAUCAAAAAUACUCUAAAACAGCCGAAGAGAUCUACAUUCCUUUUUCAGCGGUUGAUUCAAAAACAUUGAAGUUAGUGGGGUUUUGUUAUUCUGUUUUGGGUUUAGUAAAGAAAAGAACACCAGUAGUUAUUAUCUUAACUGAUCAAGGUAAGUUUUUCAAAAUGAUGAAAGAAGGGAUGUAUAUCUACAUUACUGAUCAAGAGUAUCUGGUUUGGCAAAAUGGAGAAAUCACGACCAAAAGCCUGAAAGAUCAAAAAUCAAUAGAGACGCAGAUAGCACGGGCUGAGAUACAAAGUCUUAUCUAUGAAAGUAUUCAGGCGCUUAAUCGGAAUGGCCGGACUCCACGGCCUUUAACUCUUGAUAAACGAAGUGAUAAAAGAGGUGAUUUAAAGCACAGUAUUUACCAGUCUGUAGGUAUGCCAUCGGUUGAGUCGACAUCUUUGGCGAACUUAGUAUCAAUGCCGAUAGUUCAUGCUAAGACAGAAUAUGUGCCUAUUUUUACAGAUCAAGGCUGUGUUGUUCGGGUUGAGCCUUAUUUGUUUACCAUGAGUAUGAUGUGUGGCGAGUUUCUUAUCUUAAAUAUCAAAGAAGAAAGUCUUACUCGUUAUCUCAAAGGAGAAGCCAAACAAACUUAUAAAAUAUCCGCCACCACUGAUAAGAUUGUGCUCCAACGAGUGCUGCUCUUUGAACAGGCGUUUUUGCAGAUAGAGACCCUUUAG